UGCUUAUCCAUUUUCUACCCAACUCCAACAAAUCUCAACAAAGUCAGGCGCACGCAAAGAACUCGAGCUCGUCCAACCCGACGCGACCCGAUCGGAGACUCCAUGGAGGCUGCAGCGGUCAUGGAGCGCGAGCGCCUCACGGCCGAGCUGGCCUUCGCCGAGGCCGCCGCGGAGCCAAGCAGCUUCGUGAUCAAGAUCCGGCGCCGGCUACCGGACUUCGCACGGAACGUUAACCUCAAGUACGUCCGGCUCGGCCUGCGCUCCGGCGGCCUCCCCACGCCCUCGUCCUGGGUCCCGCUCGUGCUUGCGCCGACACUGCUCGCCGCGGCAGCCUGGUCGUUCUCGCGGCUCGACCUCAGCGGCGUCGGCGUGGACAGGCUGUACUCGCUCGACCUGCUCACAUGCGUCGCAUGGCUCGGCACGGCGGUGCUGCUCCUCACGGUGUACUUCCUCAAGCGGCCGCGGCCGGUGUACCUCGUGGACUUCGCGUGCUACAAGCCCGACGACGAACACGCCAUCUCCAAGGACGGAUUCCUGGACAUGACCCAUAGCACGGGCUUCUUCAACACGGAGGCGCUCGACUUCCAGACCAAGAUCACCAAGCGCUCGGGGCUUGGCGACCGGACGUACCUCCCGCCGGGCAUCCAGGCGCGACCGCCGCGGCUGUCUAUGGCGGAGGCUCGCGCGGAGGCCGAGGCCGUCAUGUUCGGCUGCCUCGACUCGCUCUUCGCGGCCACGGGAAUCGACCCGCGCCGCGACGUGCGCGUGCUCAUCGUCAACUGCAGCCUCUUCAACCCGACGCCAUCGCUGGCGUCUAUGGUCGUGCACCGCUACAGGAUGCGGGAGGACGUCAAGUCGUUCAACCUCGGCGGCAUGGGCUGCAGCGCGGGGCUCAUCGCCGUUGACCUGGCCAGGGACAUGCUCCAGGCAAACCCCGGGUGCUACGCCGUCGUGGUCAGCACCGAGAACAUCACGCUCAACUGGUACUUCGGCAACGACCGGUCCAUGCUGCUGUCCAACUGUAUCUUCCGCAUGGGCGGCGCCGCAGCGCUGCUGUCCAACAGCCGCGCGGACGCCGCGCGAGCCAAGUACCGGCUGCUGCACACGGUGCGCACGCACAAGGGGGCCGCCGACGAGUGCUUCGGCUGCGUGUACCAGCGCGAGGAUGACCGCGGCAAGGUAGGCGUGUCGCUGGCGCGGGAGAUCAUGGCCGUCGCCGGCGACGCGCUCAAGACGAACAUCACCACACUCGGCCCGCUCGUGCUCCCGCUCACGGAGCAGCUCAAGUUCCUCAUGUCCCUCGUGCUACGCCGCGUGUUCGGUGGCCGUGGCGUCCGUCCGUACAUCCCGGACUUCCGGCGCGCGUUCGAGCACUUCUGCGUGCACGCCGGUGGGCGCGCCGUCCUGGAGGAGGUGCAGCGCAGCCUGGGCCUCGGGGACGCCGACAUGGAGCCGAGCAGGUGCACGCUGCAUCGGUUCGGCAACACCAGUAGCAGCUCGCUCUGGUACGAGCUCGCUUACGCGGAGGCCAAGGGGCGCGUCCGCCGCGGCCACCGCGUGUGGCAGAUUGGCUUCGGCUCUGGGUUCAAGUGCAACAGCGCUGUCUGGCGCGCGCUCCGCGACGUGCCGCCCGUGCGCCCCGACGGCACCGGCAGCCGCGGCGGGUGCAACCCGUGGGUGGACAGCGUGGAGACGUACCCGCCGAAAGCGUACACCUGAUCAUAUUCUUCUUUGUGGCCAAAUUAAGUCGUUUAGUUGCAGGCCGACGUACUGCACGAGAAGUGUAUGAUAAAAGAACACAAUAUAAUGUUUUUUUGUGUGUUUGUUUAUAAUCAUGUAAUGUGAAUGUGUGUAAAUUUCUUUUUCUUCAAUGGUAUGUUAUAAUGGUUUUUGAAGUGAAACCUGUAAAUCCAUGAAGGAGACUGUUUGUAGGGUGGGCCGAUCUUCAAGGCAUAGGAUUGAAUUAAUUGUGAUGGUCUUGUUAGGUAUGUGGCGGCUAUUUUAUUUGAUUCACAGUUUUUCAA